AUGUCCGCCGAGCCGGCCCCGGCCUCCGCCGCCCCCGAGCCGGUCCCCGGCCCCGAGCCGCCGAUGAGCGGCGGGGAGGCGGUCGAGCACCGGGCGCUGAUUCUGACGGGGUUCGGCGGCUACGACAAGGUGAAGGUGCAGGCUCGGCGCUGCUCUGACCCGCGGCCCGGAGAGGUCUCGGUGAGCGUCCGCGCCUGCGGCCUCAAUUUCGCGGACCUGAUGGCACGGCAGGGCCUGUACGACCGGCUGCCGCCGCCGCCCGUCUGCCCCGGCAUGGAGUGCGCCGGCACCGUCCGCGCCCUCGGCGACGGCGUCCGCGACCGACAGGUUGGCGAUAAGGUAAUGGUCCUGGCUAGGUCAGGGCUCUGGCAAGAAGUCGUGAAUGUGCCGGCCAGUCACACUUUCCCAAUGCCUGAGGGGAUGAGCUUCGAGGAAGCUGCUGCUCUUCUUGUUAACUACAUCACUGCCUACAUGAUUCUGUUUGACUUUGGAAACCUGAGACCCAACCAGAGUGUCCUUAUCCACAUGGCUGCAGGUGGUGUGGGAACUGCUGCCAUCCAGCUGUGCAAGACUGUAGAAAAUGUCACCAUUUUUGGAACAGCAUCUGCCUCCAAGCAUGAUUCACUCAAGGAGAGUGGAGUUGCUCACCCCAUUGACUACCGUACAAUGGAUUACGCAGAGGAGAUCCGGAAAAUCUCUCCCAAAGGUGUUGACAUUGUCCUGGACCCUCUGGGAGGAUCUGAUACGUCCAAAGCUUUUAACCUGUUGAAGCCGAUGGGUAAACUCAUCACUUAUGGUGUAGCAAACCUGCUCACUGGGCAGAAGAGGAACCUCAUGGCUAUGGCUAAAACCUGGUGGAACCAGUUCAGCAUCACUGCCUUGCAGCUCCUAAACCAGAACAAGGCUGUGUGUGGCUACCAUCUUGGAUAUAUGGAUGAAGAAGUUGAGCUUCUUGGAAGCGUUGUAGCCAAGUUGGUUAAUCUGUACAGUCAAGGCAAAAUCAAGCCCAAAAUUGACUCUGUAUGGCCCUUUGAUCAGGUGGCAGAGGCUAUGAGGCAGAUGCACGAAAAGAAGAAUGUUGGAAAAGUCAUCCUGGUUCCUGAAGCACCCAAGGAAGAAUCUAAAAAAGCAGAGAACUAAGGAGAAGAGAUGUAUGCAGAUUAUGAAUUCAUGGUUUAAGUCCCUGAUCUCUUUGGGACCUGGAAAUGGACAGAUCAGUAUCUUCCAUCUUCACCCGUACAAGAACAUCAUGGUUAUCAUUCAGAUGAGGUUUGCAUGCUCUUGUUGUGACUGACCCUUUGCCAGAUAUGCCUCCUGCUCUCUCAUUUGAAGCCUGUUUAUUUUAUACUGUUUUCUAACCACUUGUUUCUCCACUGAAUUCCCAGACUAAUUCCUUAUUUUUCUCUGGCAGUGAGGCUGAACCUUCCAAGCAGUUGGUGGCUAACAACUGCACAGCCUGUCGCUGUAAAGUCAUGGUGCAGUGUACUGUAACAGCUGCCAAGUAUCUCUUCAGAAACUGAGCCCUGCUGAAGUGUUUGUACUGUCAGUUUUGGGAAGCCUGUUCAGCAGAAGAUUGGCCAAAUGUAGGAUGUUUCCUCCACAACCCAAGGAAAACCCCAGCUGGCCUAGUUUAAUUCGAGCAGGGGUUUCUCCUCUGUUCACGCUAACCUGGCUCUAUUCCCUCUGCUUUUUGAAGGCCACUAACACAGCCAGAUAGUAACCAGAUGUUGUUUUUGCCUUGACCAUCCUGGCAAUUUGGAGUCUAUGGCAUAUCAUACUUCAUUUGCAGUCACUUCUCUGUGCAGUCAGCAAAUACCCUGACAGGUUGGGCUGGGCUAUAGCUGACUACAGAAGAAAAGUUUGAUUUAGGUAACCUGAUCCUGUCCAUUUUCUGUUUCCAAAUUGUAUAGAGAGGUCUGAGCAGUGUCUGAUUCUAAGAGACCAUAAGGACUCAACCGUAUCUCAAACAACUGUAACACUUGAUGUUGGCUCUGUGCUUUAUUAUGUUGGGCUCCAAGUUGGUGUUGUUAGGGCUUCACUCUUGUCUUUGUAUUUCCAAGGGCUGCAGUGUUGAAUUGGACUUCACUGAGAUGGAAACAAAAUAGUCUCCUAUUAAUGCUUUGUGCUGUGCCCUGCCCACUGAGGAGGUGUUGCAGUUUUUGGGAAGUAACUUUCAAGAGCCAGUCCUGUGGGCUGGCUGCCCAGUAGCCUGGGCUGGCUCUCCCAGUGGCACACUGGUUUGUAAAGCUGUUGCCAGUUAGAUGAUGAUAAACAGCCCAGCUGUGGGUCCAACCUCUUGACCUGCACAUUCUGAGCAGUUUUCUGUAGUGUCCUAGCUCAUUUGCAGCAGCAGGGCUUGACUCCUCCUCCUCCUCCUCUGAUUCUGUGUCUUGGGGCUCCAGCACUGAGGAUUUAGGAGCUGCCUGGGAUGCUCCUCUCUAUACCAGAACUCAUCAGUGUUUCUCAUCUACUUUUCUUUCCUUGUGUGCAUUUGGAAACAGAUGUAGAUACCCCAGCCCAGCUCUGUAAGCACCUUGGGUGAUGCUGUCCUUCCCACUGGACCCUGCUUGAAGCCCUGGGUAACUCUGGUGCUGUAGGUGCUAAGUUGUCAUGGAU